AUGCUCAAUCGGAAGUCGACGAGACACUCUUUGGUACACCACNGUCCCGCAUCAGCAUCGAGUGGUUCUCGUAAUGGAAAUGGAGUUGGAUCUGCUAAUGUGAGACGAAAUGGAAAUAACUAUCGAUAUCGAACAGUCAAUGCUCAAUCGGAAGUCGACGAGACACUCUUUGGUACACCACAUCGGGUGGCAACAGCUGCAAGAAUGCGAGCGGAACGUCAAUACACUCAAGAUGAAGAACAUGCCAGACGAGCACAAUCCUGUACGACACGACAAGUUGGACCACUGAAAAAAGAAUACAUUAGACAUAUAACCAAAGAUCUAAUUAGAGACAUCAUUGUUCCGGAAGAUCCAACUUGUACGUCUGUAAUCAUCAAUGGUAAUACUUAUCAACGUUUGACUCAGGCUGCUCGCUCAAAUCCUCGCGUUACACGAGAAUAUGCCGUUGAAGAAAACAAACAGAAUCAACAAUGGCUCGAAGAAGAACUCGAACGUCGCAAACGAGUGAUGCAAGCGUAUGACCAACAGCGAAAGAAGAACGAACCAUUAGACGAUAUCGAACAGGAAGCUAAAGAAGAAGCACAAUAUUUACUUAAACGUGCCAAUGAACUUCGACAAGAACAAGAAGAUGAAGUGAAACAUUUAAAUGAAAUGGUUUUGAACGCGAAAUGUCACGCGAUUCGCGAUGCUCAACUUUUGGAAAAACAACAGAUCAAGAAAGAAUUAGAAGAAGAAAAUAAACGAUUGGACAUCAUGAUGGAAAUCGAACGACUGAACGCAAUCAAAAUCCAAGAAGAAAUCGAGAAAAAACGACACCAACAAAUCAAAGAAGGUGCGAGUAUGGUGUUGAAGCAAAUCGAAGAGAACGAAAAGGAGAAAGUCUAUCGCGAAGAUAUGCGUGAACAGGAAAACGCAGCUAUGCUUGAAUCAAUGCAGAAAUUACAAGAGAAAGACUGGGAAGAAUAUUGUAAACGAAAAGGUGUUCAGAAGAAACUAGCCACGGAAUUAUUGAAAGCCAAUCGGGACAUCGAUGAACAACGUGCCUUACGUAAACAACAAGAUCGUCAAGCUGAUUUAGCUGUUUUGGAAUUUCAAAAAGCUAAAGCAGCACGUGAAGCAGCACAAGAAGCUGAAGCGGAACGUCGCCGUGCUGAAAAAGAACGUGAAGUCGCUCGUCUACGUGCUAAACAAGAACGGGCGAGAGAUUUACAAGCGGACAAAGAUGCCUUAAGAGCCAAACGUGAACAAGAACGUCGUGAACGUGAAUGGCGUGAAAAGGAGAAAUUCGAAGCCUUAAAGAAAGCUCAAACCGAAGAAGAAAUGCGAUUAGCACGUGAAUGGCAAAUCAAAAACAAGGAACAACAUUUAGCGGUCGAAGCUGCGCGGGAAAGAGCAGAAUUCGAGCGUGUACUCAAAGCGCAAUUGACCCAAGCGGAAAGAGAACGCAUGGAAGAAGAACAACGCAAUGCGAAACGACAACGAUUUGCCGAUGAUUUACGUUCGCAGAUUGUUCGACAUGAAAAACAAAAGGUUGUUGAUCGCGCGGAAUUCUUCGAAGAAGCUGUUCGACGAGAAGAAGAAGCACGAUUACGUCGAGUACGACUCGAUCAAAUCAAAAAUCAAAAACUUGAAGAAUUACGUCGGGCUGGAGUACCGGAGAAAUACUGCGCCGAUAUUGAACGGAAAAUCAAUGCGGAAACCAAUUUGCAUAAAGAGAAAACUUCAACUGUUAAUUAG